AUGUUUGCUAUUAAUCCAGCAGGACCAAUGCCAAUUGUUCUUGCUCUUCGACGUGUACUUCGUGAUAAACAAUAUGAAAUAGAAGAAUGGAAAUUAUUGAUUCUUCUAGCAACCGAUGGGGUACUCACUGAUAGUCAAGGUCAUGGAGAUGAUGAUGAUUGUAUUGAAUAUUUAAAUGAUUGGGAUAAGAAAAUUCCAAAUCUUGAUGUUGUUAACGAUUAUUGUAAUGAAAAACGAGAGAUUCAAGCGCGACAAGGAAAAGAAUUUCCAUUUAGCUUUGGUGAUUAUGCUGUUAAGUUCCUAAUGAGUGGUGUUGAUAGUUGGUUUGAUGAUUUAGAUGAGAAAAAAGUAGCAAAAGAUGAUUAUGGACGACCCACAGCAGGUGUUUGUGAUGCACACGAAAAAUCUAAAUGCAUUCUUUCUCUAACAAAACAUAAAAUUAAAUAA